AUGGAUGACAGUAUUGACACUUUCCUCGCAUUCACAGCCACAGAUGACCCUGCCUUAGCCAAACAAUUUUUGGAUGUGAGUGGUGGCAACCUUGAAUAUGCCGUGCAGUUGUAUAUGGAGUCCGGGUCCAAUCAAGCGGCGCCCCUGGCUUCGAGAAAUGACGAGGAACUUGCACAAAGAUUGCAACUGGAAGCAUACGAAGAUAACGGAGUACGAGAGGCCGAUGCAAACGUCCACCGUCAUGAAACAUUGCUAGAUUCUUUCCCGGCUUACGACUCCGGGGUAGAUCACGCGAGAGCCAUCUUUGGAGCCGGCAGGGUGGGCAUAUUCAACCAAAGGUUCGAUGAAGAUGGUGAUUAUGGAGACCAAUUUGAUGAAAAUUUGGAUAUGAAUGACAGCGAGAGCGAAGAUCAAAUCGUUGAAUUGCACCUGGAUGAAGAAGAAGAAAACAUAAUCGAGGUGGAUCUGGACGAGGAGCCCAUAUCCCAACCAAAUCGCCGACUUCGUACACAAAGAGAAAGAUUGAACGAACUAACAUCCACACAGAGGAGAUUGGCAGAACUCUUCAAACCACCAUUCGAUCUCAUCUUAAGAACGAGUCUCGACGGAGCAAGAAAAGAGGGCAGAGAACAGAAGAAGUGGAUUCUCGUCAACAUCCAGGACCCAACCGAGUUUCAAUGUCAAGUUCUCAACAGAGACUUCUGGUCUGACCCUUCCAUCAAGGAAAUCGUUCGCAGCGAAUUCAUAUUUUUACAGUACCAAAACGAUUCGCCCCAUGGUCAAAGCUACCUUAAUUUCUACUCGGUUGAUUCCUGUCCUCAUAUUUCAAUCUUGGACCCAAUGACUGGAGAGCGGGUAUUCAAGUGGUCUGAUGGUGUUGUUCCAAAUGUCGAAGAAUGGGUGUCUGAUGUUGAGCUUUUCUUGGAGAAGUUCUCCCUCUUGCCGGGCUCUAGUAAUCCAGUGGUGAAGCAUGAUGUUAAGAUUGACCCAGAUGCCAUGACUGAAGAGCAACAGAUUGAGUACGCCAUGAAGCAAUCUAUGGGUGGCAGUGCGGGUACAAUUGAGAAAGCAAGCUCAAAUUCUGGAUCAGACAACGAAAUGCCACUCUCAGUGGAAGAGUCACUAGAUCCUUUUGAAGCCAUUGAGCCGAAGAAACAUGCGGAACCUGGUUCUAGUCCACUGACAAGAGUUCAAAUAAGAUUCCCAAACGGAAAACGCCUUAUUCAUAAAUUUGACCCGGAGAAAGAUACAGUACUCACCCUUUAUCAAUGGCUUAAAUAUGUUCUCUCCGAGACCGAGGAGUCAGAAUUUGGAAUUGGAAACGAGGGAUUUACCAUUUCGUGCGCAGGAAAACCAAAGCUCCUUGAUUGUAUCAGCCAAACCAUCAAAGAGGCUGGGUUGGCAAAUGCCAGCAUUUUACUUGAGAAGAUCUGA